GGCAGAUCACCAUGUCCCUCACCGAGCUCAGCUUCGUGCGGUGGCUCCGGGAGCGCAGACAGUCCCGCAAACUCAUCCUGCUGGUCGUCAUCAUCGCCCUCCUGCUGGACAACAUGCUGCUCACCGUGGUGGUCCCGAUCAUACCCAGCUACUUAUACACCAUGACAGAAGAAUCAAAUCUUCUCCAAGAACUUCAGAACCGGUCCAUGGAUUCCAGCAGCUUCACAACAAUCUUCUCCUACUAUGACAACCGCACUAUGAUCACAGCAAAUGUCACCGAGUACUCACCGCAUGAAAGUUCAAUCAUGGUACCAACACAGCCUCCGGCGCCCUCCAGAACUCCACCUUCCAAUGACUGCCCCAAGGACGACUCUGCCUUACUAAAUGAAAAUGUCAAAGUUGGAUUAUUAUUUGCAUCGAAAGCAACUGUGCAACUGCUUACCAAUCCCUUCAUAGGACCCCUGACCAACAGGAUCGGUUACAGGAUCCCGAUGUUUGCUGGAUUCUGCAUCAUGUUCCUUUCCACAAUCAUGUUUGCCUUCUCUGGGACCUACACGUUGCUUUUCAUAGCAAGAUCCAUGCAAGGAAUCGGCUCAUCGUGUUCUUCUGUCGCAAGUAUGGGCUUGCUGGCCAGUGUGUACACAGAUGACCAGGAGAGAGGAAACGCUAUGGCGUUUGCGCUGGGAGGACUGGCGAUGGGAGUACUAGUGGGACCACCGUUUGGAAGUAUCUUAUAUGAGUUUGUGGGGAAGACGGCUCCAUUUGUGGUUCUAGCAGUUCUCAUCUUGUUUGAUGGUGCGCUCCAGCUCUUUAUCCUCCAGCCUUCUAGAGUGCAGCCGGAGAGUCAGACCGGGACCUCUAUCUUCACCCUCCUGAAGGACCCCUAUAUCAUGAUUGCUGCAGGGUCCAUCUGCUUCGCCAAUAUGGCCAUUGCUAUGCUGGAGCCAGCGCUACCCAUCUGGAUGAUGGAGACUAUGUGCUCCCCAAAAUGGCAGCUGGGUGUGGCUUUCCUCCCGGCCAGCAUCUCUUAUCUCAUCGGAACUAAUAUCUUCGGGCCCCUGGCUCUCAGGAUUGGAAGGUAG